AUGCGGGGCAGGAGCUGCAUUCCCUGGGGGCGGCUGGAGAAGGCUGACUGGAUGGAUACGAAGAACCUCAUGCUGGAUUUCUAUGGUGGGGAGGCUGCCCUGGACGUGGCGAUAGCUGUCUUUGAGCGCAUCCAGCUCCAUUACCGGAGGAAUUACAAAAGAGCCAUACGCCAGGCGUACAGCCGCAUGAAGGACCAAAAUGCCCGGGUGGGCGAUGACGUGAGCCUGAAUGCCAGGUACUCGAAGCUGGUGAUCGUCAACAAACAACCCGCGGGUGUGGGCAAGACGAUGACAGCCAGGAAGAUCAUGCUGGACUGGGCGUCCGACAAGUUGUUUGCGGAGUUUGACUAUGUCUUCUACAUCCACUGCCGGGAGGGCAACCUCCUCACCAGCCAGGCCAGCAUGGCCGACCUCAUCACCCAGUGCUGUCCCGGCAGCUCUCUGCCGCUCGCCGAGAUGCUGGUCCUGUUCGUGAUCGACGGCUUUGAUGAGCUCCGCUUUUCCUUCGACGGGCCCCAGUCCGAGCUGUGCUCCCAGCCCUGGGAGCAGAGGCCGGUGGAAAUCACCCUGAGCAGCCUCUUCCGCAAGAGGCUCCUGCCUGAGAGCUCCCUGCUCGUCACCACGAGGCCGGCCGCCCUGCGGAAACCGAGCAAGUGCCUGGAGUGCGAGCGCUACGCCGAAAUCCUGGGGUUUUCGGAGGCAGAGAGGAAGGAGUAUUUCCACAGGUUUUUCGAAAACGCAGAGCAGGCGGCUGCCCUCUACCUUUCCGCCCUGCUCCGGUCUCUGAGCGGCCGCCUGAAGCGAGGCAUGCCCGGGGUGCUCAGGAGGCUGUGCUGCCUGGCGGCCGACGGCGUCUGGAAGCAGAAGGUCCUCUUCGAGGAGAAGGAGGUGCAGGGGUAUGCGCUGGACCAGCGAGAGGCCCUCCCGCUCCUCCUCAACGAGCACCUCUUCCAGAAGGACAUCUCCUGCGUCAGCACCUACAGCUUCAUCCACCUCAGCUUCCAGGAGUUUUUUGCAGCGCUCUUCUACCUGCUGGAAGACGAAGGGGAGGUGCAGGAACCCCCCGCCGGUCCCACCAGGGAUGUGAAGGAGCUGCUGGAGAGCUACGGCAACUCCAGGAACUACUUCAUGCUAACCGUGCGGUUCCUCUUCGGGCUCUUAAACGAGGAACGCAGGAGGGAGCUGGAGGAGGAGAUGGGGUGUAAAAUCGCACCCAGGAUUACGCGGGAAUUACUGGCUUGGGUUCAAAACCAGGACGAGCGUUUUGUAGCGACCGUCUUGGAACCUUUCACGGGGGUGUACGUACGAGGGCUCAACCUUAACCGCUUUGACCAAAUGGUCCUGUCCUUCAGCGUGAAAAACUUCCCCAAGCUGGAGUCGCUGGACCUGGGGCACUGCUCCUUUCUGUGGGACGACCCUGAGGACUGCGUGGGCCCGCAGCCGGCCAAGCAGGCAUAUCGGUUUGAUCAGUGUCAGCUCACAGGCGCCUGCUGCAGGGCCCUGGCCUCCGUUAUCAGCAGAAGCCCCAGCCUGAUGGAGCUGGACCUGGCUGGGAACGAAGACCUGAGGGACGGCGGCGUGAAGCUGCUGUGCGAGGGGCUGAGAUGCGGCGCCUGCCAGCUGCAGACGCUGCGGCAGGGCGAGGUGGCCUCGCACCAUGCAGAAACACGUAAUUGCAGAAACAGUUUCACCCCACAGACCAUUUCUGGGAAGGGGAUGAACCGUCCCUUAGACCUCGCGUCCGUGCUGGGCACCGUGCCCAGCCUGGUGCAGCUGGACCUGAGCGACAACACCCUGGGGGACAGCGGCGUGCGGGAGCUGUGCAGGGCACUAGCGGGACCCGGCUGCAGCGUGCAAAAGCUCUG